AUGUAUGGCCUGUACAUCCUGCGAAAUUCUAUCUAUCGCCUUGGAUGCGCUUGGGCCUUGUCAAAAAUUGAUGGCCCGAGGCCCGACUCGAUUCUCGGCAAUCCAACCACAAUAUGUCGACCUUUCGUACAUUUCAUUGAAAUGUACAACCGUGAUGGCUGCCUGGCAGCUGGUCACCUGCUAAUGCUCAAUGUUGCUGAAAACCGUUGCCGGACCGCUAUAGCGAAUAAAGGGUAG